CAGGGCUUCUUGAAGAACGAGAGGGACAACGCCCUCCUGUCAGCCAUCGAGGAGUCUCGCCGCAGGACAUUCCUGCUGGCUGAAGAGUACCACCGCGAGUCCAUGUUGGUUCAGUGGGAGCAGGUGAAGCAGAGGGUGCUGCACACGCUGCUCGGAGCUGGAGAAGAUGCUCUGGACUUCAGCCAAGAUGUGGAGACGAGCUGCAAAGUCAUCUGUGGGCCCUGUCUGUUUCAGCCCAGCUUUGUGAGCGAGGUGACGGCUCCCGGCCGGAGCGCGCUGGACAGUGUGGAGGUGGCCUACGGACGACAGAUCUACAUUUUUAACGAGAAGAUAGUGAAUGGGCACAUUCAGCCGAAUCUGGGAGAUUUAUGUGCUUCGGCGGCAGAAAGCCUCGAUGACAAGAACGUGUCGGACAUGUGGCUGAUGGUGAAACAGAUGACAGACGUCUUACUGGUUCCAGCCAAAGACACCCUGAAGAGCCGCACCUCAGUGGAAAUGCAAAUGGCCUUCGCUCAUGCAGGUCUCAAAUUCCUAGAAAACAGCUAUAAGAACUACACCAUGGUGACCGUCUUUGGGAACCUGCAUCAGGCCCAACUCGGAGGUGUGCCUGGAACAUACCAACUUGUUCGCAGCUUUCUGAACAUCAAACUGCCCGGGCCCCUGCCCGGCAUGCAGGAUGGUGAAAUAGAGGGCCACCCCGUGUGGGCCGUGAUCUACUACUGUCUGCGUUGCGGGGAUCUCAAUGCAGCCAUGCAGGUGGUGAACAUCGUGCACCAUCAGCUGGGGGACUUCAAGACCUGGUUUCAGGAGUACAUGAACAGCCCCGACAGACGCCUGUCCCCGACCUCCGAGAACAAGCUUCGCCUCCACUACCGCAGAGUGCUGAGGAACAGCGCAGACCCGUACAAGAGAGCCGUCUACUGCCUGAUCGGAAAAUGUGACAUCAACGAUAACCACGGAGAGUUGAACCAGGUGUGCUUUGAUGAUGACGGCAGCAGCUCUCCUCAGGACAGACUCACUCUGCCACAGUUGCAGAAACAGCUGCUGGAAGAUUACGGCGAGUCCCAUUUCUCUGCCAGCCAGCAGCCCUUCCUGUACUUCCAGGUGCUGUUCCUCACGUCCCAGUUCGAGGCGGCGGUGGCCUUCCUGUUCCGCCUGGAGAGGCUCCGCAGCCACGCCGUACACGUGGCGCUGGUCCUGUAUGAGCUGCGGCUGCUGCUGAAGUCGUCGGGCCAAAGCGCCCAGCUGCUGAGCCAGGAGCCGGGCGACCCUCCGAUGGUCCACCGGCUGAACUUCAUACGCCUGCUCAUGCUCUACACUCGCAAGUUUGAGUCCACAGACCCCCGGGAAGCUCUUCAGUACUUUUACUUCCUCCGCAACGAGAAAGACAGCCAGGGUGAAAACAUGUUCAUGCGUUGUGUCAGUGAACUUGUUAUCGAGAGUCGAGAGUUUGACAUGCUGUUGGGAAGAUUGGAGAAGGACGGCAGUCGGAAGCCGGGCGUCAUAGAUAAAUUCGCCGGAGACACCAGAGCGAUCAUCAGCAAAGUGGCUUUAGAGGCCGAGAACAAAGGCCUGUUUGAGGAGGCCGUCAAGCUCUACGAGCUGGCCAAGAACCCGGACAAAGUGCUGGAGCUGAUGAACAGGCUGCUGAGCCCGGUCAUCUCCCAGGUCAGCGCUCCUCAGUCCAACAAGGAGAGGCUGAAGAACGCCGCUGUGGCCAUAGCUGAGAGGUACCGCGCUCAGGGCGUGGCGGGGGACAAGUCAGUGGACAGCACCUUCUACCUGCUGUUGGACCUGAUGACCUUCUUCGACGAGUACCACGCCGGCCACAUGGACCGAGCCUACGACGUGAUGGAGCGUCUGAAGCUGCUCCCCCUCCGUCAGGACGGCGUGGAGGAGCGAGUGGCCGCUUUCAGGAACUUCAGCGACGAGGUGCGUCACAACCUGUCUGAAAUACUGCUGGCCACCAUGAACAUCCUGUUCACUCAGUACAAACGCCUGAAGGGGGCGCCAGCCGGCACGCCGGGGCGGCCCCAGAGGACCAUGGAGGACAGAGACAUGGAGCUGCGCGGCCAGGCCAGAGCCCUGAUCACCUUCGCUGGGAUGAUCCCCUACAACAUGGCGGGGGACACCAACGCCCGCCUGGUGCAGAUGGAGCUGAUGAUGAACUGACACACACACACACACUCAGACACACACCGAGCCCUCCAGAUGAGGAAGACUGGCUCAUUCACUGUCUCAUCGUUUUGUUUUUGUUCCGUUUUGUGAGGCUGCCGUGCAAACCGAUGUUGUUUCACCCCCCCUGAGUUCCCCUCAUCCGUCAGUCUGCUUUGUCCUUUUUGUUGUUUCAUAUUUGUAUCUUUUUAUUGAUUGGAAUAAAAAAUAGGUUUACUUUUCAGUUGUCUUUUUGUUUGCUUUGACACAUUGAACAUCCAUCACUUUUUCAUUUGACCCGGUGUUUGUUUUGCUGUAUUUGAUGCUUUAAAACGUCAGACCAACGCUUCUAAAAGCUCCACUUUUAUGAUUUCACACCCUGCUGGAGCUGCUCAGGUUUGUUGGUCACUUUGGUGGAUUCCUUCCACCUUUUAGACGCCGUUACUCAUCAUCUGCACACCAAAGACCGUGAGUCAGAAGCCCAUUUUUCCUUACUCUAAAGACUGGUUGCCCUCAUUUUUCUCUACAUUUGUGCAAGUUUUGUUGCCUCUGCUGAAGAACACGAUAUCUGUUUAACUGAAAGUGAUGAGACGUGAUUAGUGAGAUCAUUUAGAGAGAAGUUACAUAAUCUAUGCAACCAAAAAAAAACUCAGUUUUUAAGAUAAAUCUUU